GUAAAGUUUGUCAGAGUGGCGGCCACGCAGCAGUCGAGACAAGUCUCUGUUUCUUUCUAAAAGAAAAUUCAAACUGAGUUCAUCAGGUCUUUCUCAGCAACACAGCAGAGUCUCUGCCAAACACUGAUAUGGCUGCUGCGAACUAUCUGGGAUCUGAAGAUCAGUUUCUUUGCCCCAUCUGUCUGGAUGUGUUCACUGAUCCUGUCACCACAUCAUGUGGACACAACUUCUGCAAAGACUGCAUCAAUGAACACUGGGAUACUAACGACCGGUACCUGUGUCCGAUGUGUAAAAAGGUUUUCAACACAAGACCUGAGCUGCACGUCAACACUUUCAUCUCUGAGAUGGCUGCUCAGUUCAGACAGUCAGCUCAACAGGAAGCCAGCAGCAGCAGCAGCUCAGAGACACAAGUGUCCAAACAAGGACAACUUCCCUGUGACGUCUGCACUGGAACCAAACUGAAGGCCCUCAAGUCCUGCCUGGUGUGUCUGGCCUCCUACUGUGAGACUCACCUGGAGCCUCAUCUGACAGCUUCACGUCUGAAAAGACAUCAGCUGAUCGACCCUGUGGAGAACCUGGAAGGCAGGAUGUGUACGAAGCACGAUAAACCUCUGGAGCUGUUCUGUAAGACCGACCAGACAUGUGUCUGCGUACUCUGCCCUGUUUUAGACCACAAGACACAUGAUGUUGUUCCUCUGAAGGAAGAAUAUGAAGGAAAGAAGGCCGAGCUGGGUAAGACAGAGGCUGAAAUUCAGCAGAUGAUCCAGAAGAGACGACUGAAGAUUCAGGAGAUCAAACGCUCGGUUGACCUCGGUAAGGAAGAUGCAGACACAGAAAUAGCAGAAGGUGUUCAGGUCUUCACUUCUCUGAAGGAGCAUGUUGAGAGAGGCCAGGCCAAUCUCAUCCACACGAUCAAAGAGAAGCAGAAAACAACAGAAAAACAGGCCGAAGCUUUCAUCAAAGAGCUGGAACAGGAAAUCUCUGAGCUGAUGAAGAGAAGGACUGAGGUGGAGCAGCUCUCACGCUCUGAAGACCACCUCCACCUCCUCCAGAGUGUCCAGUCCCUAAACACCUACCACCCACCAUCCACCACGGACUGGACAGAGGUCAGCGUCCCUCCACCAUCAUAUGAGGGGACUGUGGUGAGAGCUGUAGUUCAGCUGGAGGAGACACUCAGUAAACAGAUGAAGAAGCUGCUUGAAGCAGAGCUGAGGAGGGUCCAGCAGUAUGCAGUGGAUGUGACUCUUGAUCGUAAUACAGCACAUGCUGACCUAAUUCUGUCUGAGGAUGGGAAACAAGUGAAUCAUGGUAAUGUAAAGAAGAAUCUUCCAGACAACCCAGAGAGAUUUUCUCCCUGUAUCUGUGUUUUAGGAAAGCAGAGUUUCUCUUCAGGCAGAUUUUACUUUGAGGUUCAGGUUAAAGGAAAGACUGAUUGGGAUUUUGGAGUGUGCAGAGAGUCGAUCAACAGGAAGGGAGAGAUCACACUGAGGCCACAGAAUGGUUACUGGACUAUAUGGUUGAGAAAUGGAAAUAAGUACAAAGCUCUUGCUGGCCCUUCAGUCCGUCUCUCUCUGAAGUCUCAGCCUCAGAAGGUGGGGGUGUUUGUGGAUUAUGAGGAGGGUCUGGUCUGCUUUUAUGACGUAGAUGCUGCAGCUCUUAUUUACUCCUUUACUGGCUGCUCCUUCACUGAGAAACUCUUCCCAUACUUCAAUCCCUGUCUUAAUGAUGGUGGUAAAAACUCUGCACCUCUGAUCAUCUCUCGUGUCAGAGUAAACUAAUCACUUACUUACUUCAUGUAUUGAUUUAUUGUCAUUCAAGGGAACAAAUGUACAUAUUUAGAGUUUACUGUGGUGAUUGAUUUACACUUCAUUGUUGAGAUUUUUAUUAUAUGUAUCCCAUUACAUCAGCAACACAUUACUUUGAUGCAUUUAUCUCUUCAUCCCUGCAUCAUGACACACUUUAUGUGGAGAAUAUCUAUUUAAACCUCUUUUAAACCCACAAUUAUUUUAAGAAAUCACUGUUUCUAAAGGCCUUAAAUAUGUAAAGAUGAACUUUGAGUACAUUUGUAAAAAAUGCUGCCAAAUAUCUAGAUUUUUAAACAUUUUCUAUUAGAUGUGCAGCCACAGAAAACAUAUUGCUGAAUAUUUCAUUGUGUCAUGAAGCUUCAUUUAAGAGUAAGGCCUGUUGCAUGUCUAUAGUACAGAAUACAGUAUGUGUCAUUGUUUUGUUGGGCAUUAAAAGUAUGGACUCUACCUGCCCAGCAGCAAAUGGACAACGUUAAUUAAUGGAAUAGAUGCUAACUGAACUUUCUAUUUUGUCUGAAAAGUGGUUUGUUUGUUUAAUUAAUUGAUUAAUUUGAUUAGUUACUUUGGCCAAUUUGUAUUUGUUUUGUUGUUUUUGUGUUGUCUGUAAGAUGGAUUAUUAUUAUCUAUAAAUAUGUGAUCGUAAAAUAAAAACUAUAAAAUAAACUAGUUGUUGAACACAAGGCCUGAGUAAGCAGUGACUUGAGCACCAAACGUUGAACACAAAAGCCUGGUUUACACAGAAGUUGUAUUUCAUGACAAAGUUUCAUGAGAAACUAAUUUCUGGCUUCAAAUUGUAAUUCAGCAUGUAGCAAAUUAGCAUGCCAACUAGGCCAAUAUAUUUUUACCAGUUGUCUUGUGAAGAGUGGAAGCUAGCACCAAGCUAAGCUAACACAGAACUGCACCGGCACCUGGAGGGAAAGAAACUUGGGAGGGACACUAAAGAGAAAACCUUUACAAAACUUUUCGGAAUAAAACAAGAGGCACAACCAACUUCCUCUUUUGAAGUGUUCAUAUGAAUAAGUUAAUAAUAAUAGGAAUGACAGAUAUAUGAGUAAUAAUGACAGUAUUAGUAACAGAGCACAUAACAACAACUGUAGCAGCAGUUGUCGAGCAGGAACACGGGGGCAGUGUUACAGACACACCAGGCUCCCCUUCACUCCGCACUCCAGGCUCCCCUUCACUCCGCACUCCAGGCUCCCCUUCACUCCGCACUCCAGGCUCCCCUUCACUCCGCACUCCAGGCUCCCCUUCACUCCGCACUCCAGGCUCCCCUUCACUCCGCACUCCAGGCUCCCCUUCACUCCGCACUCCAGGCUCCCCUUCACUCCGCACUCCCUCUCCUGAAUACUGAUUCCCUUCACCUGUCACCCCGUACACACCUGCAUCCAAUUAGCACUCCACUCCCCUAUAAAACCCGGCUCCUCACCGCAGUCUGUGUCCGGUCACGUUUAAGACACAGGAUAGAACGCUUGUUCCCCUGAUUCUACAAACGCCUUGGACUCACUCUACCCGAACGAAAACUACUACCAGCCUCCAGUACCCAGUACCUCUACUCCGGCUCCUUUGUACUCCUGUCCUCCGUGUGUGUCACUCCAGCUCCAGUCCCUGUGUGUCUCCAGUCUUCCGUGAGUUAUCCACUCCAGCUCCUGGUCCUGUGUGUGACGCUCCAGUGUCCAGCCCCGUGUGGACCGACUCCCCGGAGUUCAGCCACUCUACUCCAGAGCUCCACCAUCUCCAUUCAAAGGACAGUAUACUUCCCUCCAUUAUCUAUCUACGCUCCUUGUAUUGCAAUAAACUAUAUCAUAACCUUC